GAUCAAAAAUUUCGUCCGCCAGAGGCCUUUUUGGGCAAAUUUCGUUCCGAACGAAGGAAGAUACGAGCGCUGGGGAUUUCCAUGGAUAAGAUCCCGCGUGUGACCGAAGUCUCAGAACAGGACCGCUGAUGGCACGGAGUGAUAGUCCUCGUCAAGAGGAGUCGAUUGGCACCACUUUGGUACAAAAUGGAGGGGUUUCAACCCCUAAACAACAAGGGGCGUGACGUCAACUCCGCAACCAACAUCCGGCACGCGCUGGUGGAGAUGCUGCUGGGGCACAAGCGACCUGCAUCGCUGCAGACUGGCGGCGGCGGCGGCAUCGGCGGCGGUGGCGGCGGCAGUAGCGGGGGCGCGUGCGCGCAUCUUGGUAGCGGAGGGGGCGGUAAAGGCCACGUGGAGGAGGAGAGUGCAGCGCCGCCCAAGAAGCGGCGCAAGCGCGCAGGCUGAGGAGCCGGCUGGUGUCUAGGUAGCGGUCCGCGGUGGGGCUGGCAGGGCAUGCGUAGCGGCAUGACAAGUAGUGCGGCUGUUGACAACUGUGCUGCGUCUGGCUGCGGUUGGCUCUGCUGUGGCAUCGCGACUGCUAGAUAGGCACCUGGUUUAGCUAUGUGCCUGUGGGAACCGACCCCGGCUAUGUCCGGGCGAUGAGGUUGUUCGGCCUCAGACUGUGGAGGGGCUCAGCCCCUUUUCCCGUGACCUGGGAACACUUGUCUUGUGCUGAGGAUUUGAUUCAUGGGCGGGGAGGAGGGAGCCCCACAGGAACACCCCUGUCCGUGCGUGGGUGGGCACCAAACUCAAUACUGCUGCAAACCGCGAGUGGCAUAGAUUACGGUAAUCAAGGGCACAUGCAGUGGCAUGUGAAUGCACCCCUGUGGUCUCCUGAACCCGUGCAUCCUACACCCCUACAUCC